GGGGAGCUGAGCGCUGGGUCCCGGAAAAGGGGGCUCCGUCUCUCGCAGCCUCUGAUCGCCCCGAGGGGUGCUGCGGGGGGGGGGAAUCUGGCAUGUCUGCAGAGAGCUACACCCCCAAAUGAGGAAGUCGGUCCUCUCUCCGGUCGACUAGGCCCGCGGAGCAGAAUCGAGACCGUCCCUCGGCGGGGAGGCAGAGAUCUGCGCGGAGGGAGCGGGGUUACGGGGCGGGGGCUGGCCUGGGAGAGGCCCCUCCCGCGCGCGCACGUGUUGAAGGGCCGUGAGAAAGUCUGGGACAUGGAAGGCAGUGGGGGCUGGAAGAAGAUAUGAAAUUCCUCGGUGUUGGUGCGGAUGGGGAAGGGCCUCGGACUCGGUCCUGGCACUCCCCCGCCGUGGGACUGCUCACACUGCCCACUCCGCGACGUUUCUCUGUCUCCGAUUUGCUUCCCAAGUGCAGCAGAAGCACCGCCUGACUGCUCGAUAGCUGAUGGCCAAGGAUGGAGGGGGCGAGGUCCUUGCCAGUGGUGAGGUGGGGGGCCUAGCCAGAAGCCCCAAGGAGGCCCUGUGCAGCCUGGAUGAUGAUGAUGAUGAGGUCUUUGAGAGCCCUGACAGCCAAGGCCCAUGGCCAGGCUGGGCCACAUCAGCCACUUUCCGCCACUGCAGCGUGGAUGAGCUUUAUGAGCUGCUGGAGAAGCUGGGCAGCGGGCACUUUGGGGUGGUCAGGCGCUGCCAGGAGCGCUGCACAGGCUCUUUCUAUGCCGCCAAGUCCGUGAAGCUGCGGAAGCAAAAGGGGAGCCGCCUGGGCCUGGACCGCGAGCAAGUGGAGCGAGAGGUCUCCAUUCUCCAGCAGCUCCAGCACCCCAAUAUCAUGCGCCUCCAUGACGUCUUUGCCGGGAAGGGCGAGGUGGUCCUGAUCCUGGAGCUCAUCCACGGUGGGGAGCUGUUUGACUUCAUCGCAGAGAAGGAGCUUCUUACGGAGACGGAAGCCAUCCAGUUCCUGCAGCAGAUCCUGCUUGGCCUGACCUACAUGCAUUCCCGGCGCAUUGCUCACUUUGACCUCAAGCCAGAGAACAUCAUGCUCUUCCAGAAGGAUGCCCCCAACCCCCUGAUCAAGAUCAUCGAUUUUGGCCUGGCCCAGAAGCUUGAGGAAGGCGUGACCUUCAAAAGUUUGUGUGGGACUCCCCAGUACAUUGCUCCUGAGGUGAUCAACUAUGAGCCUCUGAGCACAGCAACGGACAUGUGGAGCAUCGGAGUGAUUACCUACAUCUUACUGAGCGGCAUGUCCCCCUUCCAGGGAGAGACGGACGCAGAGACCCUGACCAGUGUUGUCUCUUGCACCUACGAGUUUGAGGACAAGUACUUCAGCCAAACAUCUGAGUUGGCCAAGGACUUCAUCCGGCAGCUGUUGGUGAAGGAACCUGGAGACCGAAUGUCGGCAGAGGAAUGCCUCAUCCACCCCUGGAUCAAGCCCCUGACGCGGAAGCAGGUUGCGAACCGGAGCCGCUCCUCCAUCAACAUGAAGAACUUCCGCAAGUUCAAUGCUCGCCGGAAGUGGAAGCUCUCCUACAACAUGGUGUCGGCCUGCAACCGCCUCUGCCGGAUGGGCCUCUUGUGCCAGCAGAAGAGGGAGGAGGAGAACUUGCGCGGCUGCGAGAGCGACCAGGAGGGGGAGGCCAGCAGCCCCGCCACCCUCUUCCGCAGGCGAAGGAGCAGCUGCUCGUGAAUCAGGGACACCGGGAGGGAGGAGGCACCCUGCUCUUCCAAUCCCAUCUGUUCACCAACCCAGGAGGGUGCGGCACACCAUCUCGGCCAUGCUCCAGCUUUCAACAACCAGCCCAUGGUUGCUGCAAUGUUGACAGGGAAGGGGCCUGCUGGGAGGGAGCCCAGCAUCAAAUGCCUGCGUUGCCCCACACUCCUGAUGUGCCAAGAGGGAGGGCUCCCCUUGUGGGCGGGUGACAGCUCUCUCUCUGCCUGGGGCUUGGCGUUUUGAUCAGAUGGCUUCCAGCAGAGGCAAGCAUUUGGGCCUUCUUAAAAAAAAUGCUUUGUAUGUAUGUUUGAUUGGGGGGAGAGGGAGAUUUACUUCCCAACUAUUUCUGACCUACUUGGGGAACAGAACUCCACCCCGCCAUGCCAGCAUCCCCCCCCCCACUACCCAUUCCUUCCUCCAGGAAUUCGUUACCAAAAAAGGUCCCUGGUCACUUUUUAAUAAUGUGCAUAGUGCUAAUGACAUCUAUACAAGGAAAGAAAUGAAACAUCUGUGUCUUCCUACUUCGCUGCUUUAUGUUUUUGCUGAAUAUGGUUCAAGUUAAAAGGCCAAGCAGAUAAACGACUGCUUCACAAAGUGGUUUGUGAGUGAGUGAUUCCCAAGGAUUCAGAUGUCACCUCUUUCUAGGAUUUCAUGAAGGGACUGUAAAUAAGUUCUCUCCUCUAUCUCUCUCAGCACCUAUAAUCUCCCACCCAAACAGUCUGCACUGUGGAAAAAGUUAUAUCGGCCCACCUUGCAGAGAUGCUGCCACGAUGGUUCAGUGGCCACCCUGUAGUGUAACUAGUUCAGCAUAGAAAGCUGCCAUUGGGGUUCAUCUAGCUCAGUGUUGCCUGCAUUGACUGGCAGCAGUGGCCUGCCAAGGUUUCAGAUGAGAAGACUUUCCCACCGCCACCUGGAGAUGCCGUCAGUGGAGACCUUCUGCAUGCUACUGAGCCCAGGUGGUCCUUCCCAAGCCAAGCGACAUGUUGCUGCCCCACCACCAUGCUGCACAGGUGGGAGAGGCAGAGAGGGCCAUGAGCCCAGCAGGGCAAAGUAUCUGGCUCUGUCCUCUUCCCAGAGUAGAAGCAGAGGUCAACGCGAGAUAAACCUCAAAGGGAGGUAAAAAUCAUUCCGGAGGCUGCAGUGGGCAGAGUUGGCCAGCAGGGGGCACCCCAAUGCAAGGACUGAGACCAUAGGGAGGGAGGUCAGGAGGUCCAGUGUUCAGAGUUCAGGGUGGCCUUUGUGGGGUGGGGUAAAAAGGGUCCUCUUGUGGUCAGCAGAGGGUGCUCCAGUAUAUAAGGACUUUGGUCUUCUAGAUAUUCACACACACACUCUUGUACUCAUGGGUUUGCGUGGUGGAGAGAAUUGUAAAAAGUAUUACCUACAUGGUGAAUUGUUUCUGUUAAUUAUGCAGCUGUCACUGUUUGUAAUGCCCUGUGUUUCAUUUCCUCUGACCCCACUGUUUACAAUUACGCCACCACUUUGAUGCUGCUUUGUUUGAUAUAUUUUGUAUGUCUUAAAUUUUCGUAUGCCACUUGUGACUUUACUAGACAGCUGACGGUUUUGCAUAAGGCCUCCAUGGCCCACAAAAGUUUAUUAUGCCAUAAUAAAUUUGUUAGUCUUUAAGGUGCCGCAAGAUUCUUCUGUUCCUUUUGCUUUGGGGCAGAGGGCCUCCUCCUCUUCCUCUUUGGCAAGCGAUUGCACCUCCUCUCCCGCCUGCUGCUCUGGAGCCUCUUCUUCUCAAGCUGCCUUUGCCACCAUCCUGGUGUGUGACUCUGGCCCAAGGCUUGUGUUUUGAGCUGACCUGCCUGCUUGUAUUUGUGGAAGGACCCUCUGGAGCAGGGCGGGGGAAGAGACCUGCUUGCAAUAUUGCACAUGGUCAAGACGACUCUGUGCAUGCGCCUACCAGGAGGCCUCUGGCGAGAGCAGACCUAACCGACCGACCUCCAUCAGUUCUUGCACAUCUUGUGCCCCAACUGAGCACGAAGGCCAGGGAGAGAGGGAGCAUGCGCGUCGUGCAAUAUAUAGAUGCACAUAGUUUUAAAGAGCACAAGUCAUCACAGAUGCAACACUGACUUCAAGGCAGGACUGACCUUUGGGGAUGGAGGAUUUUUGUGUGGCCUGUUUUUUUUUAAAAAAAUAUUUUUUUAUUGUUUUUCUAACAUACACAUAACCGUACAUUUAUAAAAUGCAAAUUAAUCCAAAUAACAUACAUAAACCAUUACUAAACAAAUGUUCUCAUACUCCCAUUCCCCCUACCUUAAUACCCAAUUUUGGUUCUGCCGAACCCAACUUCCCUUUCACUUCACAUUUAGUUUUACAAUUUAUCUCUUACAUUUUGCGCUUUUCUUUUACCUUAUUUUCAACAGUCACCUUCUUUAUCCAUUUUUUAUACUUAACACUCUAUUUCCUGUUGUAGGUAUUAUUUCAGACCUGUUAGUGUCUUUAGAGUCUUGCAAUACUUUCCAGAUAUUCCACAAAUGUGUGGCCUGUUUAUUGUUUCAGCUUUGGCUGCUGUAGAUUUUGGCAAAGGCUGUCUGGGGAUUAAAGUGUUUGUACGAUC